CAGAGAGCUCUUGGUCAGGGAUUUUCAACUGGUUUUCUUAUGUAAAUUGGCAGAGUGGGCAGGACUUCAGGGGCUGAUAUAAAGCUGUAGGCAGGAUCAGUGCUUUCCUUCCAAGCACCAGGCACCUCACUGGACCCUGAGGUACUGUCCUUCCAUGAUGUGGCUCUGUGCGUUGGUCCUGAUAUCUCUCACUGCUUGCCUGACUCAGGCAGGGCACCCAUCCUCACCACCCAUAGUGAACACUGUUCAUGGCAAAGUCCUGGGGAAGUACGUCAGCUUAGAAGGAUUCUCACAGCCUGUGGCCGUCUUCUUGGGAGUCCCCUUUGCCAAGCCUCCUCUUGGAUCCCUGAGGUUUGCUCCACCACAGCCUGCAGAGCCUUGGAGCUUCGUGAAGAAUGCCACCUCCUACCCUCCUAUGUGCUCCCAAGACCCAGAGGCAGGGAAGAUGCUCGCCAAGCUCUUCACCAACAGAAAGGAGACCAUUCCUCACGAGUUUUCUGAAGACUGUCUCUACCUGAACAUUUACACCCCUGCUGACUUGACAAAGAGCAGCCGGCUGCCCGUGAUGGUGUGGAUCCAUGGAGGUGGACUGGUGAUCGAUGGAGCAUCAACCUAUGAUGGACUGCCCCUUGCUCUCCACGAAAAUGUGGUUGUUGUGGUUAUUCAGUUUCGCCUGGGUAUCUGGGGAUUCUUCAGCACAGGCGAUGAACACAGUCGGGGGAACUGGGGUCACUUGGACCAGGUAGCUGCACUGCGCUGGAUCCAGGACAACAUUGCCAACUUUGGGGGCAACCCAGGCUCUGUGACCAUCUUUGGAGAGUCAGCAGGAGGUGCGAGUGUCUCUGUUCUUGUGGUGUCCCCACUGGCCAAGAACCUCUUCCACAGGGCCAUCUCUCAGAGCAGUGUCGUCUUCAAUCCUUGCCUGUACGGGAGGGAUGCCAGGCCCAUGGCUAAGAAAGUGGCUGCUCUUGCUGGCUGUAAAACCACCACCUCAGCUGCCAUGGUUCACUGCCUGCGCCAGAAGACAGAGGAUGAGCUCUUGGAAGUCACACUGAAAAUGAAGUUUGCUACUGUUGACUUGGUUGGAGACCCCAGAGAGAGCUAUCCCUUCCUGCCCACCGUGAUUGAUGGAGUAUUGCUGCCAAAGUCACCAGAAGAGAUCCUGGCCGAGAAGAGUUUCAACACUGUCCCCUACAUGGUGGGCAUCACAAAGCACGAGUUUGGCUGGCUCAUUCCAAUGUUUCAGGGCUUACCACUCUCCGAAGACAAACUGGAUCAGAAGACAGCCGCUUUCCUCCUGUGGCAGGCUUACUCCAUUCUAAACGUCUCUGAGAAUCUGAUUCCUGCUGCCACUGAGAUGUAUCUAGGAAGGACAGAUGACCUGGUGGAAAAGAAGAGCCUGUUCCUGGACUUGAUGGCAGAUGUCAUGUUUGGUGUUCCGUCUGUAAUUGUGGCCCGUAGUCACAGAGAUGCUGGAGCCCCUACCUACAUGUACGAGUUUCAGUAUCGGCCAAGCUUUGUAUCAGACAAGAGACCCAAGUCUUUGAUAGGAGACCACGGUGACGAUCUCUUCUCAGUAUGGGGGGCCCCGUUUUUAAAAGGGGGCUCCUCAGAAGAGGAGAUCAACUUCAGCAAGAUGGUGAUGAAAUUCUGGGCCAACUUUGCUCGGAAUGGGAACCCCAAUGGGGAAGGGCUGCCCCAUUGGCCACAAUAUGACCAGAAGGAAGGGUACCUGCAGAUUGGAGUCCCAUCACAGGCAGCUCAUGGACUGAAAGAGAAGGAAGUGGCCUUUUGGACUGAUCUCAGGGCCAACGAGGCAGCAGAGAGGUCAACCCAGAGGAAACAUGUUGAGCUCUGAUGAGGAGGCCCAGCCCGGCGGAGAGCCGGGAGCCAGAGAAAGGAAUAUUCUAUGUAGACAUUUUGCUUGUUGGCUUGUUGUUUGCUCAACAAAACAAGGCAUCUGACUGUUGAGUGUGUAAACUCUUUGAUAUAUUGUACAAACAAAAAGAGGUGGUGGUGGUUGUGCUCUCGUUUAUUUUUUUCUACAACAGUGAAAAUCAUAACUUUGUAAAUCAAAAAGAGUCUGUGUACUUGACUCAAGAUGAACGUGUGUGUCUGAGAGGGAAGGUGGAGAAGAGAUCCAAUGUCCUGCGAUAUCAUCUCCACAGGCAGUGGGUAGGGGACUGACUUUCCUGCAUCACACUGAGGCACAGAUGAGAUGUCACUGGGCCACUUGUUCCUGGGGAAACAUGAACAAAGGCCCACUCACUCCAGAGUGGGGAGGAAUGGUAGGUCAAAAGAAUAAUUCCACACAAGUCUAGCCUGGAGAACUAAUGAGUUUAUCAGCCUUCCUUGUGUGAGUGAGGGGGUCUCAUAUCAGUGUACUGAGAAAGUAGCUGCAUCAUGAAAAUCCUCCCUGAGCAUGGUGGACAACUACCCGGAGCUGCUGAGAUGGCAUCCCACCCUCAGCUAACAGUCCACUCUGUAUUUCCUCUAGCACACUGGGAGGUGACACAGCUGGAGCAGAAUAAUAUGCAGCAGGGGUGGGAUGGCAAAGGGAGUGAGCAGACUCUGCUGAGGAUCACCUGUGCUGAAGCAUCUCCAGCUGGAUUCCAUACUAGUUGUGGGGCAAUUUACAGGAGUAUAGUCAACCUAUCAGUGGCCACACCCCCUAAAGGAACAGACAUUCCCCAUCCUAGCAAUCAGAAACUUUCCAAGGGGUCUAAGCUAGUGGUGGGGGCUCGUGGCUCCUCCCCUCCAUGCUGGAAUGUUGACUGGCUUGAUCUCCUGCAGGCAGCCACAGCUGCUGUGAUGUCUGGAAUGCAUUGGUCCUGUCAUGGCAAAAAGACAUGAUUUUGCUUCAAUUCCCCCUGACCCGUAGCUCUACAAUCCCUCCUCCCCUCUUCCACAAUGACUCCUGAGUUUUGGGAAGGGGCAGCACAGAUUCCCCAAUUGUGCCUGAGUACCUCAUUGACGCAUGCUCUCUUUACAUUGCACUUGUUGCUGGGACCUGGAAUCAGUUCCCAGCAGCCACACAGGGACAAGAACCUGUAACUUCAGUUCUAGAGAAUCCAAGUCCUCUUCUGGCCUCCACAGGCACAGCAGACACACGAUGCACAGAACAGCAUUCAGACAGAAACCUUACAGACACAAAAUAAAAUUGAACAACACUCAAAGAAAAGAUAUACAUUUAGAAGGCAGUUUGAUAUUAUUUCCAUUUAUCAGGUAUUAGUAAUAGGAUCACCCUCAGUGCCUAUGAGCUCCCCAAUCAUGGGUUCUUGGUCAGAUUUAGAGUAGCAGGUAUGAGUUUCCUCCUGUGCAGCAGACAUUAAAUCUGAUUAGAAGGUAGUUGAUAACUCCCAUAACAUUCAUGCCACUAUUGACUCUAUGGGUCAUUAUUGUAGGUCACAAGGUUCAUUGAUAGGUAAGACUGUCCAAUACCAUCAAAGCAAGCCAGUAGAGUGGCAGCUUCCUGCUUUGUACCAACUUGAUUUCUCCUGCCAUGUGACCAAUGGAUGUGUGUGGUGUUUUUAGUAACAGGGUCUUCCUGCCAAUUUUUGUUGGGCUACCAGAGCAGUGGCAAGAACCUGUACUCUUUUGGGGUUCUCCCAGACACACUUGGCUUACAACUUUAGUGGAGGAAUCCUAUAACUGGAAUUGGGUUUUUGUUUAGUAAAUUAUUGCUUCUUAGAGGAGUGCUAGUCUCUAUGUAGGGUAACUCAAUUAAUAUAUUUUAUAUGAAUAUAGAUAUAUAUCAUAAAAUAUUUACUUGUCAAAAAUCUUUGUUAUUAAUCACCACCACUGCCAAUUCUUCCUUUACCCUCUCCUUUAUCCUUCUCCUCACGUAAUCCCCUCCCAUUAUCCCCCUUCCCUAACCCAUUUUUCCUUUGUUUUACAAUCUCCUCUCUGACUAAGAUCUUCCUUCUCACUCCCACAAAUGGUACUUUUCUGAAUUCUAUAGCUAGUCAAAAUUAAACACAGAAAUCUAAAACGUUGACACUAAGAUAUAUAAUGAGUGAUAACGUAUGACCUUUAUCUUUCUGGGUCUGGGUUACCUCACUCAGAAUGAUUAUUUUCUGCUCCAUUCACUUACCUGAAUAUUUCAUAAUUUUAUUUUUAUAGCUGAAUAAAAUUCUAUCAUACAGAGGUA